UUUAUUGUUGACGUCAUAGACAUGUGACGUCACAGAUCGUCAUUUUCAUCGACAGAAGUGGGCGUCUUUAUUACCUGACGAGUUGUUUCUGUAGAUAUGGCGAGCUUAUUUCAUAUGAAAACCUUCUCCAACCCUUCUGUGAACUUGGCCUUCGGUUACCGAGCACAUUUCUAUGCUCCCAUUCCCGGGCCACACAAUGCUGCUGCUGAACUUUGGCGAGAACGUCUCCAGCCAUCUGACAAGGCCAAGACGUCUAACACAAGGGGAUCGCCUGUCGACGCCCCUGCUGGUUCCACCAAUCCCAGAAGGCCCACCUUUGCUGUUCCCAAUCCAUUUGCACCCACAGAGCCAUCAACACUCACUGGUCAAACCAUCAAAGGCUACUACUUCGAGGAUGUCAUCGACUCGGGUGGGGCUGCGAUGGUGUACAGGGUGAAGAAGAACGGGCUACUCUACGCCGCGAAGGUCUCUCUACGGGCAGCAAUUGAUGGAAACUUCACAGUUCGCACCUGGGAAAAUGAAUAUAAAAUUCUGAAAUCCAUUAAUCAUGAAAACAUCAUCAAAGCAUAUGACCUGUUCCAGCACAAUGGGAAGAUGUUUAUGAUCCUGGAGUACUUUGAAGGAAAUGACAUAGUACAUUUUAUCACCAAUUACAGUGUUAAAUGGAAACAAAAGCACCUGAAACCGAUUGCCAAGAAGAUACUGGCAGGUAUAAAUUACUUGCACAAGAACAACAUCGUGCAUAGGGACAUCAAGCCAGAAAACAUACUGAUUGGGCCCAGGAGAAAUAUAAAGAUAAUUGACUUCGGUGGGGCGAUACGCCUGGCGCCAGAGCAAACACCUAAGGAUAGAGAAAUGACAUUCUCUACCCCUGCCUUCUCCCCACCUGAAGUCCACAGAAAAGACGCCCAUGUCACCUCUGAUAAGUGGAUUAGAUCCUUCGACAUGUGGAGCAUGGGCGUCACCCUGUAUGUGGCCAUUGCAGGAGAGUUUCCUUUCCCUGUAGGGUCAAAUAGAAAUAUCAAAGCUGAUGUCUUUGACAAGGGGCCGGACUUUGAUGUUCUCGGGCGAAUCGACACUCAACUUCUGUCCCUGAUAAAAAGGUGUCUGGACACAAACCCCGUGGGGCGCAUUACAGCCAAACGUGCCCUGCAGCAUAGAUACUUUUGGAGAAGUCCAGUUGAUAUCAUUUCUUAUUUCUUUAAGUAAACUUCCGAUUGGCCCCAAUUAUGUACAAGGUUUGUCAGCACCAUACUCAUGCUAUUGGGUUCUCCAAAGUGGGAAAAAACCCGUCUGAGACAUGCACCACUUCGAGCUUACCUCCAACAUUAAGCUGACACGCCGUGAUAUAACUGAAAUACAGUUCAAAGCAGCGUUAACCCCAAUUCGCUCACUCCUUCCUUCCUAUCCUGGGCCCGUGAAGAUGUUCAAGCUGGUGUGGUCUGUCACCUCCACCAUGCCUGUCUGCUUGGCAAUAAGUAUAUCUUCAUACAUGUUUGGCUAAACAUAGAUGUCACUUUUCCUAAUUGACAUGGAACUGACGACCUUCUGUCAAACAUUUCCUGGAUCUAUUUUAUCUGGUUGUGAUAGAUGACCUGUAUGAGAUUCACUCUGCUUGCCAUUCCUCCACAAGUGAAAUGGACAAGGCGGUAGCAAAAAGGCGUGUGUAAAUCCUGUACUAGUGAAAUGGACACUGGUAGAACAAAGGUGUGUGUAAAUCCUGCACUAGUGAAAGGGACACGGUGGUAGCACAAAGGUGUGUGUAAAUCCUGUACUGGUGAAAUGGACACGGUGGUAUCAGAAAGGCGUGUGUAAAUCCAACAAAAGUUAAAUGGAAACGGUGGUAGCCCAAAGGUGUGUGUAAAUCCUACACAAGUGAAAUGGACACGGUGGCAGCACGAAGGCAUGUGUGUAAAUCCUGUACAAGUGAAAUGGACACUGUGGUAGCACGAAGGCGUGUGCAAAUCCUGCACUGGUGAAAUGGACACUGUGGUAGCACAAAGGCGUGUGUAAAUCCUGUACUACUGAAAUGGACACUGUGGUAGCACAAAGGUGUGUGUAAAUCCUGUACUAGUGAAAUGACACUGUGGUAGGAGAAAGACGUGGGAAAAUCCUUCUAUUGGUCAAAUGGAAACUGUGGCAGCACUAAGGAGUGUGUGAAUCCUACACCUGUGAAAUGGAGACGGUGGUAGCACAAAGGCGUGUGUAAAUCCUACAGAAGUGAAAUUGAAACGGUAGUAUCCCAAAGGUGUGUGGAAAUCCUACGCUAGUGAAAUGGACACGUUGGAAGCACAAAGGUGUGUGUAAAUCCUGUACUAGUGAAAUGGACACGGUGGAAGCACAAAGGCGUGUGUGAAUCCUGCACUGGUGAAAUGGAGACGA